GCAGCUUUCUUUUUGCCUUGAAGUCCUCCCUCCGUCGCGCGCGACCAUCAUCAGAUGAUUCGCUCGAACCACACUUUCAAGCGAUUGCGUCUUUUUGGUACAUUUUAACCAUGUGUGCUUUUAUUAGUUGGAGAUAAAGCAGCUGGAGAGCGCCGGUAGAAGGAGGGUGCGCGCGCUCCGACAAAACCGGAGAAGAACUCGGACAGAGAGGGGGAAGUGAAGUGGUGUCUCCAAGGAUGACUUUAGGGACGGAUAUGUCCGACAGCUCUGCAUUGUCCGAGGAUGUGGACAUUGAUGUGGUCGGUGGGGACAUUUCUGCGGGAAAGGAUGGGAAAUACAUCCAGGAGUUCAACUUGGACAACGACUCGGACGAUAAUUACUCCCAGAACGCAGCGGAAAGGGUUUCCUCCCCGGGACUCAGCUCGGACUGCCCGUCGGAGCAGCUGGGCUCCGGCGCAGAGUCCGGGACCGUGCUCGGGGACAAACCUCGAAAAAGCGCCCUGGUGAAGCCACCGUACUCCUACAUCGCCCUGAUCACCAUGGCCAUCCUGCAGAGCCCCAAGAAGCGCCUGACGCUCAGCGAGAUCUGCGAGUUCAUCAGCAGCAGAUUCCCUUACUACCGGGAGAAGUUCCCCGCGUGGCAGAACUCCAUCCGACACAACCUCUCUCUGAACGACUGUUUUGUGAAAAUCCCCCGGGAGCCGGGCAACCCCGGGAAGGGCAACUACUGGACCCUGGACCCGGACUCCGCGGACAUGUUCGACAACGGGAGCUUCCUGCGCCGGAGGAAGCGCUUCAAACGGCACCAGAACAAUGAGAUCCUCAGGGACUCCGGCGGCUUUCUGCCCGGCUUUGGAUACGGCCCAUAUGGAUACAACUACGGGCUCCAGCUGCAGAACUUCCACGUAGCGCACGGCCCUUUCCACGCGCACCACACAGGUGGUUCAUUCCCGUUCCCUAACGCGCCCUGCACCUUGCCCUCCUCCGCAUCCAUAUUCCCGGCGCCGCAUCACAUGCCCUCCCUUUUGGGGAGCGACUUAAGGAAGCCCUUUUAUCCCCAGCUGAGCCCCUCUCUGCCCCCAGUCAAGACGGACUCGAGCGCUCAGGGCCGGCCGUCGUUCUCCAUCGACAACAUCAUCGGAGAGAGCAACUCCAGCGGCGCUUCGCUGAGCGCGCAGCCGGGCAGCCAGGCUCAGAUCCUGGCCAUGCUGACCCCCGCCCUGGCCUCCGCCUCCACACACUUGAACUUAUCACAGGAGGGCAUGUUUCAGAGCCAGACUUUCCCCUCCAAACCCCCCAGCAUGAACAGCUGUUCUUAUUAAAGACAUAAAAAUAAUGAGACAAUUAUUGCGACGUCGUCCUAUAUGAAGGUAGGAUGAACAUUCAGUUUUAUGAGGAGAGAUGAGUUUAUUUAUAGGAUGUAAAUAGAACACAAAGACACAGACACCAGGGCAGGCCUGAGGCCUUCGUUUGUUUAUGGUGGUGGGAGAAAACAACAAAUCUGAUUUUCAACAUAAGUUAAAGAUGUCAUUGACUUUGGGGGAUCGUUUCCAUUGUUUAAUAUAAAUAUUAAUAAGGAAUCCUUGAUUGUGUUUGGUGUGUGCGUGAGAAACUCAGGUUUUACUUAUAAAACACAUGAAGACAAAAA